AUGAGAGUCCUAUGCGUGGCUGAGAAGCCAUCCAUCUCCAAGGCCGUGGCCGGCCAUCUCUCUGGAGGAUCCUUUUCAACACAUAACACGCGGAACAAGUUUAUCAAGAAUUACUCGUUUGAUUUUGACUUUGGCCAGCCAUGGGGAAGCUCAUCCGUCACCAUGACCUGCGUUACGGGUCAUCUCACCAAUGUUGAGUUCACCAACGAGUACAACAACUGGAGUCACCCGCCCCCAGAAUCGCUCUUCACGGCACCAAUUGUGAAGAAUGAUAAAAAAGACAUCGCCAAGAAUAUAGCAGACCAAGCUAAAUAUGCUCGUCUGCUGGUCAUAUGGACUGAUUGUGAUCGAGAAGGAGAACAUAUCGGACAGGAGAUUGUCGACGCAGCAAAAGUGGGCAACGCUGCGAUCCAAGUGAAGCGUGCCAGAUUCAGCAAUGUGGAACGAGCACAUGUGUUAUCAGCAGCCAGACGACUUGUCGAAUUGGACGAGAAGCAAGUCAAUGCCGUUUCAGCAAGAAUCGAGCUGGACCUUCGAAUUGGAUACGCGUUUACGCGAUUCAUAACAAAUAACCUUAAGCAUCUAGGUGGACCUCUGGCAGAUCUGGUUCUGAGUUAUGGGUCUUGUCAAUUUCCAACUCUGGGAUUUGUGGUGGACCGAUAUUUUCGCGUCAAGAAUUUCGUCCCUGAGCCGUUCUGGGGCAUCUCGUUGACACAUAACAAAGAGGGGAAGCAAGUUCGCUUUUCCUGGGCUAGGAAUCGUCUCUUUGACAGAAUGACAACUGUAUUACUAUACGAGAGAUGUCUCGACGCAAAGAAAGCAAAGGUCACAAAGGUGCAAGAAAAGCCGACUCGAAAAUUCAAGCCAUUGCCUCUCACCACUGUUGAGCUUCAAAAGGCAGCGACUCGUUUACUGCGAAUGUCUGGUCAGCAGGCCAUGACAAUAGCAGAAGGCCUCUACAACAAGGGAUUCAUCAGCUAUCCGAGAACAGAAACCGAUCGUUUCGACAAGGGCAUGAAUCUGAGAGCUCUCGUUCAAAAACAGACUACAGACCAACGUUGGGGUCCUUUUGCCCAGGGACUCGUCAACGGCGGCUUCCAACAACCAAGGGAGGGAAAACACGACGACAAGGCCCAUCCGCCCAUCCAUCCUAUUGCGCAUGUAGCUCCAUCUGCAUUGACCUACGACGAAGGACGCUUAUACGAGUAUGUAACGCGUCGGUUUCUUGCGUGCUGCUCCGAGGAUGCCAAAGGAAUGGCAACCGACAUUGAGCUACAGUUUGGAGACGAGUUUUUCAGUACAAGAGGAGUCAUUGUACUUGAAAGGAAUUAUUUGGACGUCUACGUGUACGAAAACUGGAACAAUACCACUGAGUUACCGAAAUUUACUGUUGGGGAACAAUUCGAGCCCACAGAGGCGAUGAUGACAGAAGGCAAGACGUCAGCGCCAAACUAUCUUACCGAAGCAGACCUGAUUGCGCUCAUGGACGCCAACGGCAUCGGAACCGAUGCCACAAUGGCGGAGCACAUACAAAAGAUCCAGGACCGAGAAUACGUAGCAACAAUAACGAGGGGAAACGACGCAGCCGAACAAGGAGGAGACGACGAAGAAGCAAAUGGAGCCCCGGCUGCACGAGGCGGGGGCCGCGGUCGAGGAAGAGGAGGUCGAGGCCGCGGAGCAGGAGGCGGCUCAGCAAGAGGAGGGGGACGAGGAAGUGGACUCAAGGUCUUCGUGCCAACGCAGCUUGGCGUAGCCCUUAUCCUGGGCUUCGACCGGAUGAGCUUCGAAAUGAGCCUUGGCAAGCCGUUUCUGCGCAAGGAAAUGGAGCUUCAGAUGAAGGCCAUUGGUGAGGGGAGCACGACGCGCCGGGCAGUUCUCGACCGGAGUAUUGCGCAGUACAAGCAGGUGUUUUUGCAGUCACAAGAACAAGUGGGAGUCCUUAAGCAGGCGUGCCGCGAGUUUGUCUUUGGCCAGAGGCCAGGAGGAGCAUAG